GGAGUGGGCGGGGCUAAGUGGGGGAUUUUUUUUGUGAUUUCCUGGUUACAGUCGAGCGUUUUCAGGAUGAAUGUGGGCGUCGCUCACAGCGAGGUGAACCCCAACACGCGGGUGAUGAACAGCAGAGGGAUUUGGCUCACCUACCUGCUGCUGACCGUCGUCUUACACAUCGUCUUACUGAGCAUCCCGUUCCUCAGCGUGCCGAUCGUGUGGACUUUAACCAACGUCAUUCACAACCUGGCCAUGUACGUGUUCCUUCACACGGUAAAGGGAACUCCGUUCGAGACGCCAGACCAGGGAAAAGCCCGCCUGCUUACUCACUGGGAACAAAUGGAUUACGGCAUCCAGUUCACAUCCUCAAGGAAAUUCCUCACCAUUUCACCCAUAGUGCUGUACAUUCUGGCAAGUUUUUACACCAAAUAUGACGCCACCCACUUCCUGAUCAACACAGGCUCCCUUCUGAGCGUCCUUCUGCCCAAGCUGCCCCAGUUCCAUGGGGUGCGUCUGUUCGGCAUCAAUAAAUACUGAAGCUCAGCCGGGAACGCUCGUCGAGAGGUAAAAGGGAACAGUAGCGAAGAAAAUGUCUGUCUCUGGGUUUAACGCCUUUUCUUAAUACAAAGCUGACGGCAAGGAAGCAGCGCUCCGUCACUUCCUGCACUGUAUCGAAAAGGACUCACGGCUGCGCACCGGAGUUUGAAUUUUUAUAUUAUUUUUUUCCCAUUUUUUAAUUUUUUUUUAAUUAUUAUUUCUUCCCUGGAAACGCAUUCCAGAUUUGUAUUUAUUUGUUUAAACCUUUACGCAGAGGCAGAAACUAGUAAAAGAAAUGAUCAAUCAGCCGCUCAAGGAUCCAUCACACAUACAUGAAAGCUGGGAGAGAAAACUAAAAACUACAACUAGUGCACCGAUCCUUACCCCUACCCCCGGCCUUCCACCCUUCCUCCACCGAGUCAGUAAAUAGAACGAUUGACAAUCAUACUGUAAGCACAGCGUAGAUAUACACAAACGCACAACAUGGCAACAUGCUCUCGCAGGAGUCGAGUGUGAAGUUGUGCAUCAGGACUGAUCUAAUACAAAGAUAAGGGGCAAGUCAUGUGGGAGGACAGAUUUGAAGCCUGAAGGUUAAAGUUUGGGCAAGUCUGAGGCUUUCUUAGACCACUGUCUUUCAACACGGUUUUGGGAUUUGGAUGGAAUACAUUUUGGCCGAAAGGCAUAAAUGUGUGCACUAUUGGUCACAUGUUCAGUGGGAGAGGGCAGAAUUUUGUGUAGAAUUUCUUAAAAUGUAUUCAAGAGCAGGUAAAAUUGAUCAAUAUUUCAGCCGGAGGUGAAAAAAGGGCUUUCUUGCGGUGUGUGUGUGUGUGUGUUUUCGAGUGUCUGUGAAACUUGCAAAGGAGACUCUACCGUUAGUUCUGAUUCAACCAAACAUAUUUCACCAUAUCGUCUGAGUGUUGAAAAUACAGGGCAGUCCCAAUCGAGCUAGAAUUUUUUUUUUAAUUGAUGAAAAGACCACUGCAGGCAGUGUGUUUUUUUUUUUUCUCCUUUUUUUUGUUCAAGAAUAUCAAAUCCAGGUCCCAGGCUCCUGAUCCUGAUCUCUAGUCUUCCCAAAAACGCCAGUUUUUUUUAAUGUAAUAGCAAAACCGAAACGGUCACUUCGUAAUAAACAAUUAGACAAUUAAAGGCGAUUGGAAGAAAUUCAUUAGUCACCUUUUUUUUUUUUUUUUUAAAUCAAUCAGUGGUGUGUAUCUAAGCCACCUUUCACCUCUGGUCGAUGCCGAUUCUGUAAUCUCUUAUAAGAUCCGCCAUUGAAGUGCCUUGUCUCGCGGCGUUUUUCAUUUACCGACUUGUUUUGACGCAUAAACUGUAGAACGCACUGCAUUUUCUCAUCCGAUUCAUUGUAAAACCCCAUUGUAAAUUUUUUUUUCCGCUCCGGGAUUAUUUUCACGCCAUUCCAGCGUCAGGUCUCGGUUAUAAUCCUGCAGCAUGACAUUGCAGGAAUGAUCGCACGCUAUUAAUUAAACAGCAGCUGAAGUUUUCAACACCAGUUCUCACUGGAUCAUAUUCUACAGCUACAGAAAGGGGAAAAAAAAAAAAAGGCGUGCACUGUAUUUAUUUUCGGAUAUUACAGAAUAUGCAGCCAUGAAUGUGGAAUUUCAGGAUAAACGAUCCUCGUUCGUAGGUCUGUUUUUCAGUUUUGAUUGUUUAAUUCGAUUUCAUUUCCCCUAACAGGCCACGUUGUAGGCACUGGAUGAUGCACUGUAUAUCAUACUGUCGAUUAUAAAUCCUCUUAUAACAACA